UUGUUUGUUUGCCUCUUCAGCAGUUUUGGGACAAGUGGUUUAGUUCACAGCAUUUUAAUUGUAUCGCAGCUGCCGAUGCGAGACUGGGCUCUGUAGGGAAGCUAAAAAAAAAAAAAGACCGAUUCUUUUUCUAAUUCUCUGGUCCACCUUAAAACUACUGUACCGUCGCCUGUAGAGGAAACGUGUUCAGUCUUCUUGGAGUAUAAUAAUCCUUUAUUGUCCACAUGCAGGAUGCUUUGUCUUCAAGCCAGGUUCCAAGAAAAGAAAAAGAAUUGCACAUGAAGAAGACUACUUUGUGGAUGAAAAUGGCGACUGUGCAUACAGCAAGGAGCGCUUUAAGACUUGCCAAAGACUCUGGGAGAAGAUUAAAACAGACACAGAGAUUUUGCAGGAUGAUUUGAAUAAGAAAAUAUUGGAUAGUCUUUUAGAAUUCAUCAAAAAAUGUAGUUUAAACUUCCAGUCCAAUGUCAAUGACUGGGCGUCUCUUAUGAGAGCUAACGAAAUACCUACAGCUGCCCUGGUGCUUGGUGUAAAUGUACCAGAUCAUGACAUGACGUUUCAGAGCCUAUCUGACCUCUUACAGAAGUCUGUAACCCCAUUUGCUGUUUCUGUACAGGCCAAAGAAUGUGCAACUCUGAAGAAUUUGAUCCAGAGACUGUUAGUAAGAUUGAUGGGUGCUGCUGCAUCAGUGGAAGAUGAGGAAGACUUUAGUAUAUCUUUACCCCAAAAAAGGUUAUCGUGCUCAAUGAGUGCACUUUGUCAGUGGUAUAAGACUGUUGCUAAGAAACACAAUGUGGAGUCACCAGGAAAGAAAUCCAGUUCAGGAAAUUCUUAUUCAGAGAGUCCACCAGUUUUGGUGAUUUUCAAAGAUUUUGAAGCUUUUAAUUCACAUGUUCUUCAGGACUUUAUACUUAUCUGCAGUCGGUACAUCCGGGAGCUACCAUUGAUCUUCAUCUUUGGCAUUGCAACAUCUCCCAGCACCAUUCAGCACAUGUUACCCCACUCUGUGUCCUCUCUGCUGUGCAUUGAACUCUUUCAGUCACUCUCCUGUACCCAACACCUUGCAACUGUUAUUGACAAGUUAAUUUUGACGUCAGAUUUUCCUUUCAAGCUCAGUGGUAAAGUUAUUCAGGUGCUAGUGAGCAUCUUCUUAUACCAUGACUUCUCAGUCCGCAAUUUUGUAAAAGGCAUGCAGUUGGCCCUAUUGGAGCACUUCUACUCGGAGCCUCUCAGUGUGCUCUGCUGUGCGAAAAAGGAAUCUCUGGUCUAUGUACAGAAGUUGAGCCAUCAAGAUGUGGAGAUGGUUCGGCAGCUUCCGUCUUUCAUGAGAUAUGUAGAGGCACAAGAUGCACAGGAACAGGUCCAGCUCCUAACCAAUGAUGAACAUGUAAAGGUGGUAUGUCAGAGGUUACUGAAGGAUCUUAGAAACUACCAUAAGAAUUACUAUCCUAUUCUCUACUGUCUGCACACACUAACCUCAUCUCUGCCAAAGUAUCCUCUGGGCAAACAAAUACGAGAGCUGCAUAUAUCUUGUCUUGAGAAGAAUGUAUGGGAGAUGAAUGAAUAUGAAUCUGCUAUGCAGCUUUUGCGGUUACUUGCAAAGGAUGAGCUUGUGACAACCUUGAGAAAAUGUGCAGACAUUCUUAAACCUGGGAAGACAAAGAAAAUGAGAAGUGCAUUGCAGCAGCUGGAGGACUACAUUGUCAAAUUUGAACAGUUGGACAGUAUGUCUGUAGAGGAUCUAAAUGAAGAGGAACUUAAUUCACCUGGCAAGGAUCUUCAAAAGAAAACUGAUCUCUUCCAACUUCAAAAAACUCUUAUGGAGAUGAAAAGCACUAGAAGAUCGAAGAAAAUGAGUCCGUUUGAGGUGCUGAGAAAUGAGGCACUUGGUGUUAUUGAUGGUCUUGUGAGGAGCCACCUGACACCACCAGAGUUGCAGCCACUAUAUGAAGUAUGCUACUACAGCUCCUCAGGCAUUCUGCGGCGCCACCUCAAUGCAACUCCACGUACAUCCAUCCAGACUGCACUUAGCCACCCUUUCUACUACCUACAGAAUGUAAGUCUGAAAACAGAUGCAGGCACAGUUUCUAAUGCAGCUCCAGACAUCUGCAUUGCCUACAAGCUCCAUCUGGAAUGUGGGAGGCUCAUUAACUUGUAUGACUGGUUGGAGGCGUAUGCAACAGUGGCCUCAGCAGCGGAUGGUAAAGACCCCGACUCUGAAGAGUAUGGCAGAGUUGAUGAACUCAAGCAUGCUCGUUUCAUCCAAGCGGUGUCUGAGCUGGAGUUCCUGGGCUUUGUAAAAUCAACAAAGCAGAAAACGGACCAUGUGGCACGACUGACCUGGGGAGGUUGUUAAGGGUGAAUUAUUUUGGUGAUAAAUGUGUAUCUGAAUAAAGAUAUUUCUUAUGUC